AUGGGUGUUUACGUUCGGCCGUUGCUCGACACGCUCGGCGAGCAGAGCCGAAACUCUCAGGCAGGUGCGGCGAUCUGUCUUGACCGCGUUUUCCGGGCUGCCCGGGAGAAAAUGGAGCCGAGUGCGGCGCGCGUGCUGACGCGUGCGAACGGGAUGCUUUCGCGGCAAGGGUUUCAGGCGAAGGCGCAGCUGCUGGGGGCCGUUGCAAGCCUUGCCGAGGUGUGCGGGGAGUCCAUGGGCGCGCAGGUGCCCGUGCUGGUGUCCGCCGCGACCGCCGCCGUGGCGUCCGCGGACUGGGCCACGCGCAAGGCGGCGGUGGACCUGCUGGGGCAGCUCGCCAUCAACCUGCCGGCGGAGUUUCUGGGGGAGAGCCGCGCGGCCGUCAUGAAGGCCCUGGAUCAAUGCAAGGGCGAUAAGGUGAAGAAUGUGCGUGAUUCGCUGGCGCAGGCGAAGCAGGCAUGGGCAUUCGUGGAAUGGGAGGACCCGCAGGCAGCAGGGCAGCACCAAGUGCUGUCCGUGCCGUCCCUCUCGUCGGAAUCAGCAGCGACGGCAGUUCAAACUCCGUCGCUGUCCUCUGCUGCUGCUGUUGGCAACGCAUCCGGAAGGCGCGCCAGUUUCUCACCUGGUGGAGCAGAAAACGACAAAAGCAUUGGCAGCCGCUCACUCAAGCUUCAAGGCCGCUCGUCCUCGCUUGUGGCAGAUCCGUUUCAAGGCACUCGAGAGGCAGCAGAGGCAGAAGAAGCAGCAGCUGCAGCAGCAGCAGCAGCAUCAGCAACAGCAGCAUCAGUAUCAGUAGCUGCUGCCAGUGCCACCCCUGCCGUGAAGCGGGGUGGAGUGGGCAGCAUAUUGGCUCGCACGUUCAGUGGCCUGGGUCGAGCCCGAGCUAAGGAAGCAGCAGCAAGUGCUGCUGCUGCUGCAGGAGAAGUGGCAGGCGCAGGAGGAGGAGCAGAAGGGGAGGGAGGAGAUGAGGGCGGAAGGAAAGUGGGGGUCAGCAAAGGGGGGAUUGGGUCCCAUGCGUGGGCUGCAGAACUAUCUCAGGCAAAACCUGGGGAAACUCACAAAGGAGAAGCUACUAACGCGGAUAAUGGAGCUGGAGAGAAGGCUGCUCGGCCUAAGUUUGAGCGGCAGCCGCUUCGAGGAAACCCUCUGUUUUUCAAGAAGGCGGGCGCAGGGGGGAAGGCUGGGGGAGGUGACGACUGGUCCGUGGAAGUGAUGGUUCCUAAAUCGAAGGCCGGGGCAGUGGGGGAGAAGGGUGACAGUAACGGGGGGCCAGGUGAGGGCAGUGGAGGGAAGAAGGGUGAUGGGAAGGGAGAGGGCAGGCAGGGGACAGGGGCGGGCGCAGGGGCAGGGGCAGGUGCGAAAGAGAGUCGAGCGCAAGCGGAUGGGGCGAAGAUGCGUAGGCAUUCGACUUCAGGGAUUGCUGCUCUCAAGGCUGCGGCCGCAGCUGGUGGGAGAGGCAAGGAGGGCGCAGGGGGAGGGAAAGGAGCAGGAGCAGAGAACGAUUGGAAUGUGGAGAUUCUAGUGCCUAAGACACGUGGCGGAUGGGGCAAGGGCGGUGGCGAGACAGAGGAGAAGCGGGAGGUGAAUGGAGAAGGAGUGAAGGAGAUGAACGGAAGGGACGGUUUGGGCAAGGCUGAGUUGCAGCAGCAAGAGGAGGCGCAGAGUGCGAUCCAGCAGCAGCAACAGCAAGAGCAAGAGCGGCAGCAACAGCAAGCGCAGGAGCAGCAGUAUCAGCAUCCGCAGCAGCAGUAUCAGCAGCAGCAGCAGUAUCAUCAUCAGCAGCAGCAGCAGCAGCAGCAGCAGCAGCAGCAGCAGCAGCAGCAGCAGCAGCAGCAGCAGCAGCAGCAGCAGCAGCAGCAGCAGCAGUAUCAGCAGCAGCAGUAUCAACAUCAGCCGUAUCAUAAUCAGCAGGUGCAGCAGCGAGAUGAGGAGAGGGAAGAGCACGAGAAGAAGGAAGUUUUGCAGCACAUGCUUCGCGGGAUAGAUGGACAGAAGGAUACAGGAGGGAAUACUGAGUCUAUUGGUGCUUAUAACGGCGGGCAGGAAGACGGAAUGGGGGGGUUAAUUAAAGCUAGGGGAGGUUCUGCAGCGAGAUAUGCUAUUGGGGUGGAGAGUGAGGAGCAAAGGGAGGAGGAAGGACAGGAUGGUUGGAAAGAGAAGGUGGGAGAUGGGGAGGGGAAAGAGUGCGAGCAAAGGGCACCAGACAAGGAGAAGCGCGAUGAGGAGUCUCAAGGCGCAGAGAAUGGCGCUUAUGGUUCUAGCGAGUCUGACAAUGACGAGGAUGUGCAUCAACGGGGCGGUAGGGGAGGUGAUUGGGAGGAGAGGACGGCUAGGGUAGUGCAGGGUAAAGGAGGGUGGUGGGAUGGGGAGGAAGAGGAGGGUGAGAGGGUGGAGAGAGGGCGAAUGAGGAGAAAGGAGGGUAGGGAGGAUGGGAGGGGGAGGAUGAGGUAUGGGUCACUGAGCAGUCAUUUGUCUUCAAGCGAGGAAGAGGAGGAUUAUGGGGAGUCUUUUCCUCGUGCUCGCAUGAGGCGUGGGUGGGCUAAUAACGAGGAUGCUAUGGAUUCGAGUCCGAAAGGAGGCCGCAGAGACGGAAGGUCCGGUGUUGGGAAGGGUGUGAAGCAGCAGCAGAGGCAGGGCGACACGUGGCAGAAGCAGGAGGUGACACGUCAGGAGGAGAAGCUUGGGCGGAGGAGGGCGCAGCAGAGUCAGCACCAGGGGCAGCAGCACCAGUCGAGGCAGAGCGGGUUGAAGAAGGCGGAUGGAGAGCAAAUGCAUAUUAGACGCUCCUAUGACUUGAUGGAGGCAGAGGUGCAGAGACUGAGGCAACGAGUGGCUGAUAUGGAGCGGCAGCAGGACAGCUACCAGGGCAUGGUGGAGGGUUUCAUGAGUGCUACCAGGCGAACCAUGGAUAGCCUCGAGCUGCGAAUGCUGUCCCUUGAAGGCUCGCUCUCUACCCUAAAGUCUCUGCACCACCACCAGCAGCAGCAGAACCAGCACGAGCAGCAGCAGCAGCAGCAGCUGGCGUUUGCUGAAGCAGAAGCGGUGCAGUUGCAGCAGCAGCAGCAGCAGCAGCUGGCGUUUGCUGAAGCAGAAGCGGUGCAGUUGCAGCAGCAGCAGAUUCAGCAGGCUUACCACGAGCAGCAGCAACAGCUGCAGCAGGUUAAGCUGUCGUACCUGGAGCAGCAGCAGCAGCAGCAGCAGCAGCUAGCACUGAGAACCACACGAGCUAUGAACAGUGUUGCUGCCUCUCCAGUGGUCGCCUCUCUCCCUUGGACCUCCAAUGCUGCUGCCUCCCCCUCACCCCACGCUGUCCCCACCUCUCCUCACCCCAUUUCCACCACCACCCUCCCAACCAUGCCCUCCCCUUACCUCCCUGCUCGCAUACGCACCUCUGCUGGUGGUGACAGCAGCAGGGGGCUCACCCCUGGACGAAGGUUGUCGUUGCAGGGAGGAGGGAUUGGUGGGAUAGGGAGCAACGCAGGGGGGAUAGGCAGUGGGUCUGGGGCCGGUGGAUUCGUGCAGGCACAGCCAUUCUUGGGUGGGUUUGGUGGUAUUGGAGCAGGGAAUGAAGCAGCUUAUACGGAGGAUGAUUAUGCUGCGGCUGCUGCAGCUGUGGCCGAAGCAGCAGCGGCGGCAGCAGCAGCUGAGGCGGCACGUGUGGCUUCAUUCCAAAGUCAGCAGCACCAACAGCAGCAGCAGCAGCAGCAGCAGCUGCUAACUCUAAGGAGAACCUCUUCCUUGAACCGUGGACAGAACACCACUCCUCCCACUGGCCCUCCCCGCACUCCUCCCCAAUCCUCUACUGUCUCGUCCCCUCGCCUGCCUCUCAACACAAGCAUGAAUACAGAACACCAGCAGCAGCAGCAGCAGCAGCAGCAGCAGCAGCAGCAGCAGCAGCAGCAGCAGCAGCAACAACAACAGCAGCAGCAGAAGCAGCAGCAGCCGGAGCAGCAGCAGUUGUUGCUGCAGUGGCGAGGCAACUCUAGUCAGCAACAGGAUCAGGGCGAGCAGAUGAACCUUCACCAGGCUCAGCCCGAGCAGCAGCAGCAACUCAGGGCAGAGACGUUGCCAACAGCAGAGGGAGGAGGAGGAGGGGGAGGAGGAGGAGGAGGGAGGGGAGGCGGGGGAGGAGGAGAAGCUGAAGGUGCAAAAGCAGCAGCAGAUAAGCCUCUAGGGCCGCUGAAGCGCCACGUGGCACCAGCCAAUUGGUCAUGGGCCGUGGCUUUAGACGAGCUCAAGGCAGGGGGGUUCGAGGGUGCUUAUAAAGAGGUGCUGAAGGCUGCAGAUGCGGGUGCCAUGGUGCGGCUGAUGGGGCGAACGGGGCCUGUGCUGGGGCAUUUGUCGCCUGAUACCGGGGCAGAGGUUAUACGGCGCAUGGUGGAGCUGCUUAUAAGGGGGACGUCGGUGGAAUACCUGCUGCCGUGGGUUCGGCAGCUACUGGACAUAAUGACGGACGAGUCAUCUCUCCCAUACGGAGCAGAGGGUCCUGCAGUGGACGGGCAUCUGAAGCAGCACGUGCUGGCAGCGCUGCAGCAGGUGGUGAGCGCCGAUGGGGGCAGCUGGGUGGGACGGUCUGCAGGCGAUUACCGGCGCCAGCUGGCUGAUGCGUGGGGAAUGUGA